AUGGGUCUCCGUUAUCUUCUUGCUGCACUACUUUUGCUAUUUGUCCUGUCGGCUAAAGGUGGCUUUUUGAUACCUGGAGCCGACCAACUGGAUAAUGAAAAAAAUAUUCUCGAGGACGACGAGGAGGAGGAAAUGCUAAAUGAUGUUGAUGAGACCGGCCAUCAUUUUGAAAAGAAUAACGAUGAAGAGGACAGCUACGAUGAGGAGGACGGUGACGAUAAUCAAAUUGAUGGACAUGAUCACGGGCAUGAUGAUGAGGAAGAAGAAGUUCUUGAAGAUACUAACGUUGAUAAUUCUGAGUUUGAUUUGGACGAUGUCGGCAAACAAAACGGACAAAAAUCCGAAAUUUUUUAUAACGAUAUUGACGGAAGUUCCCUCGAUAAUUCUGAGUUUAAUGUUGACGAUGUUGGCCAUGGUGGUAAUGGUGGUGACGAAUAUGGUCCGGAUGAGGAAGAGGAGGAGAUGGAGGAGUAA